UACAUUAAACUGUAGAUUUCAAAAUAUAUGUUGAUUCUUUUUCCAGAUCUGGUGAAAAAAAUUCUCCUGCUCUUGUUAAUCCUGUAAUUACAACUGGUUCCAACAAUUCAUCAUUGCUUCAUGUCUCUAAAGGAAAAUCAAAUCAGUCAAACCAAAAAGAAAUUGAUAAUUUGUCUCAAGGAAAAGAUUUUGGUAUUGUUGAUGACUUAACAGCUACAAGUUCAGAUAAUUCACAAAUGGUUGGCUACUCAGGAAAUGAAAUAUCAAAAUUAAAUGAGACAAAGACUGAUAAUUUGACUUCCGGUGAGAAUUCUUCUGCUAAUGCUGAAUUAAUAAUACCCAAUUCUGUUAAUUCCAACUCUGGUAAAAUACCUGACAAAUUGAAUAAGAAAAAUUCCCAUAAUAUAGCUGGUUCUUCUAAGGCACCACAGUUUCCACCGAAUGGAACAACAAAUUCGGAAGGGUCUGAAGAAUCGUUUAAUAAUAAUUUGAGGAAACCUUUAAUGUUUGCUUCCAACUUCUCUGAAACCAGCAAUAGAACUGAAACUUUCGUGGAUUUGCCUAUUUUAAGCAUUCCGUCAGGAACAUUUGAAGGUUUUGGUGAAAUUUCCAGACAUUUGCAGGUCCUGCAAUCGAGUGUAGAUGAAAUUCGUCAAAAGAGCGAUGAGAUUUUUAAUCAAAAUAAAGAAAUCCUUCAACUAUUGAGGUCACGCUUUAGUACUGAACAGCUGGCUAAUAAAUUAUAUCAGCACUUAGACGGUUUUCCUCUUAGCACUGUAGAGCAGUUCUCUAAUUUAGAGGAAAUAACAAGUAAACCCGAACGACAAAAAGUGCAUGACCAUUUAAUACAAUUAGGUGGUACAAGUUUAAAAGAAUUCUUGAGUUGUGCACUCCGUCAAGUAAUGACCGAUGAAUUGGUCUUAAAUUUCACGUGGCAGAAGCAGAAAGACACUGAAAAGUUUGGGGACACAAGGAUUUCUAAUAUUUUUUUUUCAGUAGAAAAAGCAAUAGAGAAUAUAAGUGCUUUAUUAGAACCAGAAGCAAGCAAUGAUGGUUCAGAAGCAGAUGUGGAAGAUGAAGAUGAAGAAAUGGAUUCAUUCGAUUAUGAAGAAGACGAGAAUUUUUGA